AAUAGCUUGUCACAUUAAGGGGUACUAUUAUCAUAAGAAUGAAUUAUGUUUCUAUAAAAAGAGUAACCUAGGACGUUUGAUUUCAUUCACCAACUCAUUCUCCAUUGAGACAAGCCCUGCAAAUUAAAUCAAUGGCCACUAAAGUUUACAUUAUUUACCAUACUGUGUAUGGACAUGUUGAGAAGCUAGCUGAAGAGAUUCUAAAGGGAGCUUCAUCCGUAGAAGGUAUCGAAGCAAAACUUUGGCAGGUGCCUGAAAUAUUGUCUGAAGAGGUACUUAGGAAGAUGAAAGCACCACCAAGGAGUGAAGUUCCGGAUAUUUCACCAAAACAGCUUACGGAAGCUGAUGGAUUUUUGUUUGGUUUUCCAGCAAGAUAUGGACUGAUGUCUGCUCAAUUCAAAUUUUUUUUGGAUGCAACUGGAAGUUUAUGGAACAAACAAGCACUUGCAGGGAAGCCGGCAGGCUUCUUUUUCUCCACUGCUUCUCAAGGAAGUGGCCAAGAGGAAACAGCGUUUACAUCAAUUACUCAGCUUGUUCACCAUGGAAUGCUUUAUGUGCCAAUUGGUUACACAUUUGGUGCUGGAAUGUAUGAGAUAGAGAAGGUGAAGGGUGGAUCACCAUAUGGUUCAGGAACUUUUGGGGAGCAUGAUGUAGGAGAACCUAGUGAGUUGGAAUUGGCUCAAGCUUUCCAUCAAGGCAAGUACUUUGCUGGAAUUGCCAAGAAGCUCAAGGGAUCACAAUAAUUCUUAUAACAUGUUUGUAACAUAAGGUGGGAAAAAAGUUUGAGAAUAAUUUAAUUUAUGUAGUCUUGUUGAAUGGAGUGUUGUGCUUAGUUAUUGUUACAACAAAGAAUUUGGUUACUGCUAUAAAUCUCAAUGAGUUUAGUUUUUGUGUGUUUAGAAAUAUACAAUGAGUAGAGCCAAGUUUUUAUAA